UCUUCACUUCUCAUUAACUUCAAUCUAUUCAACUUACUAAUUUCAAUUAGAAAACAAGCUUCCUCAUAAUAGUUUCUUCUUCUGUAACAUAAAUGAAUAGUAGGCUGGCACUGCAGCUCCAACUCAGAAUUUGGUCUUAUCUGGACAUAAAAUUCACCAUCACUGCAAAUUCGCUCGUUUUGUGUUUAGUUUGGAAGCAAUAUGUCCUGGCAUAGUCAUCAUAAGGCAGCUUCACAAAAAGUUAAGAGACCAAAAAACUGUAUACUCCACAACAGCUUUUAAUCCUCUACAAAUCCCAGAUUCGUCCAUAUUUGAAGUAUUGCUCGCACAUACCCCGAGGAUGCUCGAUUUAAGUUUACGAUAAAUAUCCACAUGGCAGGUACCACUCUAACUACUAUAAUAGGGUUUACCCUCUUGUGCUUGCUUUGCACAUAUGAAAAAUUCUAUUGAUUGGUAAUCACUUAUAAAUGAGUGUAGUCUCUGUAUUGGAAACGUUUAGUUCACUUCCUUAUACACCAAAAAUACGCAGCUUUGAUUUGUUAUCACUAGAAUGUUUGAUAAUAUUGAGUAGUCUCUUUAGUACUUUGUCGUGGAAAUGUUGAAUGACUUACUUACAUGGACACAACUCUCUAACUGAAAUAUAUAAUGGCUACAGAAUUUGUUCGAUAACAAUGUUUCUUAUUUAGUUAAAUUUACGCAAUGUAUAUAUUAUUUUUAUCAAUUGAAUUCCUUCUUCAUUUCCGUAUCAAUUCUAAGAUAUCACACUAUAUUAGUAGUUUUCCAAUAGCACCAAUCGAGCAUAUGCGUGCGCAAUGCUUCAAACCCAUGUUCCUAUGGGACAUUAUAAGUACUUUUGGAGUAUAUUCUGAUUUUAAUUUAAUGUAAAUCAGUUAAGUAUUCCUAUAAAAAAUUCGAUAACUCACAAACUAUAACAUAACCUCUUAAAGCUUUGGCUUUAUGUUCUGUCAUAAGUUAAUAUUCAUUUCAAAGCUUAAAACGCCUCGUAAGCCAUUCUACUUGGGUUUACGAUUAUAACGCUCUGGACUAAGUGGAACGAGAAAGAUCGUGUCAUCGGUGUUUAGUGGAAUGCAGCUCUAAUGCUCGCCAGUGAAUCUUUUUUAUAAACCCUAUGCCACUUUUGAGUCACAAUUACAGCCACCAGUUUUCAUUAUAAUUUUAAUGUUUCGUAUUAAUGUGUUUGUUUGAAUUUAAACUAAAUUUAUUUUUGACAAUGUUUUGAACUUUGAACAUUUAUUCAUAAUAAAUAGUACUGAAUUAUCUAUAUAACUACUCUUACUGAAAAUAUGUAUGCCUACGAAAUUGAUUUCUGAAAAUACUCAAGCACAUAUUUCAACCGCGUGGUAAUAAAUAAAAAAGAAGAUAGUUGUAACCACUUUCAUUUUAAAUGCUCUCGAAAUACUUGAGCGUUUAUUUUUAAUGUUUUAAUUGAAAAUGGGAGAAUGCGAAGAAAAUUUUCCUCGAGGAGGUACAAGACCACGAGUUUCUGCAACAAAACGAAAACAAGAUGAUAAUUUGUUUUCAGCUGUGGUUAAACCAAAGCGUAAGAAACCAAGGAAGGAAAAGAGAAUACCUAAAAAAGUUAUAACUGAAGAUUCAUUUCAUUCAUCUUUAAAAAUACAAGGAACUUUGACUUAUAAUAGUAUAAGAACUGAUAUGAUAAUUUUGGGCUGUAUAAGACACAUAACAAACUUUUCAUUAGAAAUUGAAUUACCAGGAUUAACUUUUGGUUAUGUUAAUAUAACAAGAAUUUCGGAUCCUUUCACUAAAUAUUUGCAUUCUAAAAUGGAAGAUGAUGACGAAGAUACUGUCACAUUAUUGACAAGGAUGUUCAAAGUAGGACAACAUGUUCUUACUAAAGUAACAAAUAUAGGUACUAAUCAGAAAGGAGUACAUGUCGAAUGCACAAUAAAUCCUAGAGAGAUUUAUAACGACAAAAAUCAUACUUCAUUCGUAAAAAGCUAUUUAGUUUGGGCCUCUGUUAUGUCUAAACAUGAACAUGGUUAUGAAAUGAACAUUGGAGUAAAUAAUUGUAGAGUGUUUCUACAUACGAAGAAUGUUGACAAAGACAGACAUUUAUUUAUUGGAGAACCAAUUUGGUGCGCAGUACUCAAAUGUGACAGUUCUAAUGAAGCCAGUAAUUUAAGAGUUAGCAGCAAAAUUGAACAUAUCAAGAAUACCAAAACUGAGGAUGUACAAAGUUUGCAUGACGUUAUUCCAGGGAUGAAAGUAGAAAUUUUAAUAGAAGAGGUUACAAACAAUGGUGUCCAAGGAAAGUUUUUGAACAACUUUUUUGGACAUAUUGAUGAAGGACAUCUGAAUAAAAAUAUAUCUAAAUACCAAGAAGGGAAUCUAAUAACAGCAAAUGUUUUGUACAUUGAUCACACCAUUAAAGUUACAUAUUUAACUACUUAUGAUUUGGAUUUAGUUCCGGAACCGGAAUAUAAGAUUGGAGAGAUUAAAAUGGCGGAGGUUACUUCUAAAUCACAUAAUGGUGUAUACCUCACAUUACCAUCUAAAGAAAGAUGCUUUGUUACCAAUAAACGAUUAAUACAUUCUCUACCAAAACAACAUCAAAAUAUCAAUAUAUCAGAUUCCGUACGAUUGAAAUUUGCCCUUGGUACUAAUCGUCAAUGUCGAAUUUUGGAUUACAAUCGCCUAACUAGAACUUAUAUAGGAACUCUGGAACAAUCCUUGAUAAAAGAAAAAUUAUUUACAACUUCCGAUGUCACAAUAGGUCAAUUGUUAGAUGUCACAAUCAGAACUAUUAAACCAGAAGGAUUGGUUGUGACUUCUGGACAUAUCAGGGGCUUCGUACCAAAUUUAUUUUUGUCAAAUAUCAAAUACAGUGAAGUAAUCAAGAAAAAAUUUAAAGAAGGUCUCAAAAUUAAAGCUCGAGUAUUAUCAAUUAACUCUGGUAAUAUCAUUUUGACAUUAAAAUCGGGACAGGUUGACUCUGAUCAGUGUCUAACGGAUUUAUCAAAAGCGAAACGUGGUGACCGAUAUCCUGGUGUAAUUGUCCAUACAAAACCCGAAGGAGCCGUUGUGAUAUUUUAUGGAAAUGUUAAGGGAUGGCUCAAUAAAAAGUAUUUGGAUGAACAGGACGACGACAAAAAACCAGAUCCUCAAUUAUUUUUCUACAUAGGACAAGUGGUAAAUCCAUGGAUACUUGGUGUUCAAAAGAAUCAAGUUAUCUUGUCACUCAGGCAACCAAAAAAUUUUGACACGUUCGGAACUUUAACCAUAGGACAAAGAAUUAAAGGUGUUGUCGGGGCUGUUCGUAAGGAUAAGAUUUUGGUAAAAACUUUAAAAGGAAGACCUUUGGGCGUGGUGCCUGUGAACCACCUAAGUGAAACUUUAGAUUUGUGCUCUACUUUUAUGAAAAUGUAUAAAGUUGGAGAUGAAAUCAGUGACUUGAUAUGUAUAAACAAUAGUGAUAAUUCAAUUUUGUUAUCAAGAAGAGAAGCUACAGCUUUAAAACGAACAUCUUCGUUUAAAAUAAGAAAAAUUGGUGCACUAAAAGUGGGAAAUCUAGUAAGAUGUUCCUAUAUAUCAAACUGUGAUUUAGGAAUAUAUGUUUUACCUUUGAUUGCAGAUUAUACUGAUCAAAUUUUAAUCAGGAAUAAGGAUAUCGUAGAGAAAGACAUCGCUAUUCCAAAAUUUGAACCAUACCAAUGCAUAGUAACAAAAGUAUUAGAAAUAGAACAUGAAACAAAGACAAUUAGGUUAUCUGCAAAAUUGUCUCACGUGUUUGAUAACAGGGUCGAAAGCGUUUUGAAUUUAUUCAGUCAAUCUCUGGUUGAUGUUCAAAUACUAAGGAAUUUUGGUAAAGAAAACGAUUGGGACAUUUGUCAAUAUCAACCGGGCGAAAGGAUAGAUUGUCUUGUUGAACUAGUGGGCGAGCAAGGUGGAUGUCGUGUGAAAUUACCAAACGGAGGUGUUGGAUUAGUACCCGUUAAAUUAUGUCCAGCUAAUAUUAAACGAGGUGAUUCAGUAAAUGGAGUAUUUUUGUCACAAAAUUUCGUUAAAAAUUAUGCUGAGAUUUGCCUCAAAGACCAUAUAUCUCAAAGGAUUAAUAAAUCUCAAGAUGGUAAAAUUAUGUGUUCGAAUUUGUCUUCUCGUAUGGCCGAAGUUGUUUUAACCGAUUCCCUUUGUUCGAUAUGUGUAUUGAAACAAAAAGACGGUAAUAGGCAAUUGAUAUACGCUCCCAUGAGAUCCCAUGAAAAUGAUUUUAAAGGAUGGGGACACAUUUAUCAAAACGUAAAAUUCAAAAUAUGUAUUUGUGGGAAAACUGGCAACAAUCUAAUUGGUAUGAAUAAACAGUUGUUCUUGAAGCUGGAUAAAAAUAAAGCAACUAUAUCCAAAAUCCAAGCUUUAAGAACAGAAAAAGUGAAGAAGAAUGACAAAAAGAAAAAAUUGUCCAAACAAGAAAGCAUUGAAAUGGUAGAAAAUCAUAUUACUGAGGAAACUGAUGAGAAUAAUAAUGAUGAUGAUGAAAGUGUCGAGGAAGAAAAUUUAGAAGAAAGUAUUUCGGAGACUGAAACUGAAGACGAUUCUCAAAUGGAUCACAGGGAUAUGGAAAUGGAUGAACAAGAAAAUAUAGAAGAGAAUAUUUCAGGAACUGAAAUUGAAGAUGAAUCCCAAAUGGAUAACAGCGACAUCGAAAUGGAUGAACCAGAUAUUGUCGAGAAAACUUCAAAUUCAAAAACUUUGAUAUCAGGAGUCAAUUCAUUUUUCCAAACGAAUGGAGAUGUAAAACGAGAAGAUUCAUCUUCAGACGAAGAAGAUCAGGAUAUUAAUGUUAAAAAGAAAAAGAAAUUGACAGCCGCAGAACGAGCUCAGGCGGCGAGAGAAGAAGAGGAAAGAAUUUUGAAAAUCGAGAAACAAUUAGCAGAUACUACAAGGGCGCCGGAAAGUGCAGAAGAAUUCGAUAGGUUAUUACUAGCUAAUCCUAACUCAUCUCAACUUUGGACUAAAUAUAUAGCUUUCCAUACAGCUGCAACAGAAUUUGAUAAAGCUCGAGCUGUAGCUAAAAGGGCACUAGAAGCGAUAAAUAUCGCUCUAGUAGACGAGAGAUUCAACAUAUGGAUAGCCCUACUCAACUUGGAAAAUAUGCUGGGAACUAAGGAAUCGUUUGAUCAAACAUUCGACGAAGCUGUUAAAUAUAAUGAUUCCCUUCAAAUUUACUUGAAAACCAUACAAAUAUUGGCGGAAAAUGGUAAAAUUGCUGAUAUGGAAGAAAAAAUUCGAAAAGCUAGGAACAAAUACAAACAUGUCCCCCAAAUGUGGUUGGAAAUAGCUAAAACUUACUAUCAAAUUGGAAAUUUUAAAGAAGCUAGAAAUUUCAAAGACGCCGCUUUGAAAUCGAUUCAAAACAAAAAGACUCAGCUGGAGAUAAUUGUAAAAUUCGCAAUAAUGGAGUUUAAAUACGGAGAUGAAGAUCAUGGAGCAGCUAUAUUUGAAACUAUACUCAGUACUGAUCCAAAAAAAGUUACUAUUUGGACCACAUAUGUUGAUCAACUAGUUAAAAAGGGCAAAAUUAGUGAAGCUAGACAAGUUUUGGAGAGAUCCGUCUCGCAGCGAUUGCCUCUAAAACAGAUGAAAUCCUUAUUUUUGAAAUAUAGGAUAUUUGAAGAACAGCAUGGAACACCGGCGAAAGUAGAAGAAGUUAAAGAGAAAGCUAAAGAAUACGUAUCUAAAAUAAGUGUAAAUUAAAACUGUUUUUAAUUUGUUUUUUAGAGAAAUAUAUUUUCUUAAGACCAA